AUGACGUCUAUUGGUACCGGCGUUACUUCGGUAUGCGCCGCUUCUCAAACAGAUGGUGAAUGGCCGGCUGCCUUACCGCCAGAUCUUUCAGAAUCAACUCUUCCCCGAGAAUUUCGCAGUCGCUUGCAUAAGAUGUUUGAACGAGUUGAAAGGGAAUUCGAACGAGAAUACCAAAAGUUGUGCGCAGAGAACUUUACUCUUCAAGAAAAAUUGGAAAAGUUUGAGGACACGGAUCAUCCAGAAUCGAGCAUAUUUACUAAAAAAUUGACAGCGAGUCAGUUGUCACACAGAAUAAAACAACAAUACAAGCAGUCUACGUCGCGCUUGGUUUCUAGUCUUAGACCAACAUCUGGAGGCUUGACUCUUCCAGGACCUGGGCAGAUGUCUUCUUCAAAUGCUAAUGACUUGUCAUCACGUGCUAAUUCAUGGAAUUUCAUUCAUCGAUUCUCUGGCCAUCGAGAUGGCAUUUGGGAAGUUACCUGUUUCCGGUCCUUCAUUGCUUCUGCGUCUGCGGAUACAACCGUUCGACUUUGGAGCAACUCUGAUCAACACAACUGCCUACUCAUCUACUCUGGUCACUCAGGAUCAGUGAACUCCGUUCGUUUUCGUGAUCGUGACAAUCUCAUGCUUACUGGUAGUGGGGAUGGCACCGCUCACCUCAUUGCCCUCCCUCCCAGCUUCUUUUCCGAUGGACAAUAUGCAACUUCCAACGCAUGUCAAGGUGCCUCCGGUGACUUUGAAAAUUCUCAGCUCACUGAGGGUGGUAAUGUCCAGCACCAAAUCCAACUUCGCGACCCUUCUGCAGUAUUCCAAUCAGCCAGUUUGGGUGAUACAGGAGUCACUGGUGGUUCAUCUUCCUCUCUUGAUUCCUAUCCACUUGCCGCAGCCGACUUUGUCUGUGGACGAGAGCAGUUGGUUACCGCUAGUUGGGAUCGUCUCGGUCACCUCUAUGAUCUCAAUACUGGCCAAGAAGUGCAGUCGCUUGCUGGUCAUGACCACGAACUCACUGAUGUAAGGUGUUGUCUUCGGCUACCUGUGGUGGUUACAUCGGCAAGGGAUUCGACGUUCAGGGUAUGGGAUUUCAGACAACCGCGGUUAGAGGUCCAUGUUCAGCAAGCGCAUAGUCGAAGUUCUUACCUUGAAAUUCCGAAUUCUAGAACCGUAUCCACCGCUCAGUUCCUUCCCGGCUCCAAUCCACACCAAAUAGUGAGUGCAGGCACUGAUAGAUACUGUCGACUCUGGGAUCUUCGUAAUCUCCGUGUGCCCCUCUUCACAGUCCGCACAGACGCCGGUAUCAAUCGGCUAGCCAUUUCUGGAUCUAGUCUCUUCCAGUCAAAUAACAGUACUACGUCCGGUUUUGGUGAAAGUGGAAAUACGGCGUCUGCAGCAAUGACUGCUCUAGGAGCAGCAGUGAAUGCUUCCAUGGGUAUCUCUGGAACAUCCGGAUCCACAAUUGCUCCUGGUGUAUCGCCUCAGAAUACGGCAGGAGGCACUGAUAACACUUCGAUGAUGUCAUGUGUCCUUGCUCUUCCCCUGGACAAUCGAACGCUUCGGUUAAUCUCUUCGAAUGGGUCGAGAAUUGGACGCAUUCCUCGAAAUGUCAGCCACGGCCACACGAGUGCAAUAACCAGCGCCGCGUGGGCAGAAGAGGGUCAGUGCAAUCUCUUUACCACAGGUUUUGAUCAACAGCUCCUUGGUUGGCAUCUUCAGAUCUCUUGA